AUGGGGUUGAUAAAACAAUUAAUAUUGAUGAAUGUUAUUGUUGAAGGAAAGGCAGAUAUUUUUAAAAAAGCAUUUCAAAAAUGUCUUAUUAGUACUUUUGACUUUGAUGGAAAAAUUAAUCCUUUAGAGUUAGAUACGUUUACCAAUCACACCAAAGAAAUUUGGUAUGAUGAAAAUAAAAAACUACAUAAAUGUAAAGAACUUGUUAAUCUAAUUAUGAAAUUACACAAAUCUAUAAAAGAUAACACAUUUGUAUUAGGUGAUAAAAUGUUAUCAAAACACUCUGGUAUAAUUGAUAUUUACUGUAAUUAUUUAUCAAAAAAUCCUAUAGAUAUAGAUCUCGAAUUGAUAAAAACUAAAGUAAAGGCAAUUUGUGAAAAACUUCAAAUGGAUUAUACUCAAAAUAUAUAUAUGAAUCUUGAUUCGAUAUUGGAAGUG